AUGUCCACAAUACUUUUCACUUUUAUUUUCUUCACCUUCUUCAGUUGUGGUCAGAGCAAUGACGACAUCGUGAUAAACCAGUCGAAACGGAUUCCUGCCGCUUUCGACGUUCUUAAGAUGUUGACCGAUCGUUACCCACAGGUCGUUAAAGUCCUAAUCGAAGGUUCAGAUAUAAAAACCGACGCGUUUUUAAAGAACUUGUCGUUAGUUUGUGACUAUAAGUUGUUAAACGAUGUAAAACUCUUUAAGAACUCUUCUAAAGGCAAUUGCAUUCUGAUUCUCAAAGAUUCUUCAAAGAUGAAAAGCUUGUUUGAAGACUCAAUGUUCAGUUACGAAUAUUGUUCAUUCGUUUUUUUACACGCUUUAGAGGAAAAGUCGUAUAAUGAGAUUUUACUAGAAAUAGUGCGCAGGCAACCAGUUACAAGUGUAAUCGGCAUAUCAAAAAAUUUGGAUCUAACAGGAGUUCACAUUCCACUCUGGCAUGACUUCGACCAUUCAUUUUCUUACUUGCCACAGAUGUAUUUCGACAAGAGCAAUUACACGAUGCUUAAGAAGUUUAUCCACCCGGAAAAAGUCAAUUUUCACAAAAGGCCGUUCAGGGUGGCAAUUUUCCAGAAGAGGUUCAUGUCGAUAUCUGAGAACGGAAAAUGGAACGGGUUCAACAAAGAAGUCCUCGACCUCCUACAAGAGAUUUUUAAUUUUACAAGAGUACUUUAUUUUAUCGACUCGAAUCUAAGGUACGGUCAUAAACUGAGUAAUGGGACUUUUGUCGGCGUUUUAGGAGAGGUGUUGGGCGGAAAUGUCGACUUUGCUGCUAAUCCGCUUUUUAUUAAGGAUUAUAAUACGACGGGGAUAGAUUUCUCGACGCCUAUCAUGUUUGAACACCUCUGCGUUGCCGUUCCUUCUGCUUCACCUAUUCCGAGAUGGAAGGUCAUUUUUAUAUGCUUCGACAGAACUACAUGGCUAUGCAUUUUAUCGAUUUAUACUUUCAGCAUGUUCGUUUGGAAAGUCUUCAAGUUCCGGCUAAAAAGUAACAAAACGUUGAAAUGCGUGAAUAUUUUCUUUUACGUUUUUCGCCUGAUUAUCGCGUCUUCGAUCAAACCUCCUGUUAUGCUAUCGGGUAAAAUAUUCGUUAUGACGUUGGUCUUUAUGGGUUUCAUUUUGGCGACAUGCUUCGGAGGUUCUUUAUUAAACCUCUUGACGAGGACUGUCUACGGUAGCCAGAUUAAUACGAUGACGGCCCUGGACAAAUCCGGCCUGCCUAUAUACACUUUGUCCAUGAACCUCCAACAUGACACUUUCGACGGGUCGAAACCUGAGGAGAGAAACCUGGCGGAAAAAGUCAAGAUUUAUCACGACACAACGGCCGACCUUGUCGAGAUGGUCUAUAAGACGAGGAAUUCAGCCUGUCUCGGGAGGAAGGACGAUCUGACCAGGAGGAUAUGGAAGCUAGAAGAGAGCAGCCAAACUCGCACAGUACACAUUGUCGAAGAAUGCCCCAGGAGCUACUACCUCUCGUACAUAAUGAAGAAAGAAUCGCGGUACUUCACGACUAUCGACGCCGUACUCGGCCGUCUCGUGGCAUCUGGAGUGCUGAAAAGUCCAAAAUUCACCGACAGUCCCUCCUACUACUACGCCGGUAGAAGUAAAAGUACAACGGCCACGUUUUCACCCGUUCCGUUAGGAAUGGACAAUCUUACAAUAACAUUCCUCAUCCUUUUAGUAGGGUAUUUAGCAAGUAUUGUUAUUUUCAUUACAGAAAUAUUCUAUUUCAAAUGGCUAAGCACUGGGAUGACUUAA